AAUGGCAGAUUUGGAGGGCACACUAUAUCUGUAGCAUUAGGUAAAAAUAAUCCCUCAAAUUCUUCCUUUCACACGCUGUUCGCCCAAGUCUCCGUGAAUUUACCAAACUGGAGUGAGCAACCCUAGGAAAGGAAGGCUCUCGACUGACCUCUCCUGGGAGUCAGAGCGGGACGCACCAGCCCCACAACUCACACCCAUGUCCUCGCUAGCGCGCCUGCUCCUUGGAGCAUUGACAGUGCGCCACGGCCGCCUGCAACCCAGGCGCCUGGCCACCUGUGCCGCCGUCGGUUCCUCGGCGUCCGCCUCUGGCAUGGAGGCCCGCGUGAUCUUCUCUCCCGCCGGCCGCAGCCUCUUUGACGAGCCGCUGGCCAUCACGGUGGAAGGCCUGCAGCCCCAGGAGCCGGUCACGCUUCGGGCGUCACUGCGGGACGACACCGGAGAGCUCUUCGAGUCGCGUGCCCUGUAUCAGGCAGACAGCCGCGGGCAGCUGGACCUCAGUCGCUCGCCGGCGCUGGAAGGCGGAAGUUUCUCCGGCUUGGAACCGAUGGGGCUGCUGUGGUCGCUGAAGCCCGAGAAACCCCUCAGGCGCCUGGUGAAGCGCGACGUGCAGAGCCCCUACCUCCUGGAGGUGGAAGUGCUGGGAAGCCACAGCAAGUGCCUGGCCAAAGGCGCCCACGAGCGGGCCUUCCUGCGGGACGGCGUAAGGAGGAUCCCGGUGCGAGAGGGGAGGAUCCGGGCAACCCUGUUCCUACCUUCCGGUGAUGGCCCUUUUCCUGGAAUCAUUGAUAUUUCUGGAACUGGAGGAGGCCUUCCUGAACAUCGAGCAUGUCUGAUGGCCAAUUACGGCUUUGCCAUGCUAGCACUAGCCUAUUAUGCUUAUGAAGAUCUCCCUAAAUAUAUGAAAGAAUUCCACUUGGAGUAUUUUGAUGAAGCUUUAAAUUAUAUGCUAAAGCAUCCAAAGAUUAAAGGUCCAGGAAUUGGGCUGCUUGGACACUCUAAAGGGGGUGAUUUGUGUGUCUCCAUGGCGUCUUUCUUAAAGGGUAUCACUGCGACAGCCACAGUAAAUGGCUCUAUAGCCAAUGUAGGUGCCAUACUUCGCUAUAAGAAUAUCACCAUUCCACCUCUUGGCUUCGAUGAGAAGCGGACCAAAAUAGACCAGACUGGGUUGGUUGACAUUGUGGAUGUCCUGAACAAUCCGCUGGAAGGCCCUGACCGCCAAAGCCUUAUUCCAGUGGAGAAGGCUGAGAGUCACUUUCUUUUCAUUGUAGGCAAGGAUGACCAUAACUGGAAGAGUGAAUUCUUUGCCACUGAAGCCUCCAAACGUUUGCAAGCUCAUGGGAAAGAAAAACCUGAGAUAAUUUGCUAUCCAGGAGCAGGGCAUUACAUUGAGCCUCCUUAUUUCCCAUUGUGCCCAGCUUCAAUGCAUCUCUUGGUGGGCAGACCAGUGAUCUGGGGAGGAGAGCCCAGGGCUCAUGCUGCAGCGCAGGUGGAUGCUUGGCAGCAGUUGCAAACUUUCUUCCACAAAUACCUCAGUGAUAAACAAGAUAGAAGACAGAACAAGUUAUGAGAACACUGGUUACAAAACAUGUUUUGGCAAAUAAGGGCUGUGGGAUUAUUUGGCACCCACAUUUGAUUUCCUAAGUGAAUGUUUCAAAAUUUCACUGAUGAGUGAAAAGUAAAUGUAAUAGUUGAUCUCUAUCUUCAAAUGAGUAUGAAGCAAUUCGAUCAAUACCUUUGUUCUCUGAACUUUGGUACCUAAUGGAGUCCCCAGUCAUAAAACAACAGAGUGCUUGGAUUGAUAGAAGCAUGCAGUAUUUCUUCUGAGGAGGAUCUAGAAAUGGGCUGAUGGCUCUGGUUAAGAUAAACAAUAAAGAAUUCAGGUAUUUAUAAUAUAGAUAGACUAUCCUUUCUUGCCUUGUUCUCAUAUUCCUUAUUGUUCCAGGUUAUAUUGAAGGUUUCACAACUAUAUCAACAGUACUUUAAGGAUGGGCUGUUAUUUAUAUGAUUCAUUUUAUUAAAAUGGUUACAAUUAAGAAUACUAACAAAACCUGUUCUUGAGCUAGAAAUUUGGGUUACAACAAAACAUUUUGCAAAUCCAAAAUUGUAUGGUGCUAACUCAGGUUUGUAUGCUGGUGAUUUUAAAAAAUGCUUGUGAACGGGCAUGAGCUACACGUUUCUCAGU